AUGGAUAUUUCCACCACGCCGAAAGCACACAAGGUGCUGGAAAUCGAGGUUAGCAGUAUCCGGAAAAGGAUAAUAACUGACCUUGACUCGAGCUACAUCGAAGAAGAAGACGCCACAUAUGUUCUUUCCGAAUCAAGCGAUCAGGAGGAAAUUAGCGAUGCCGAUUUCGAAGAGGGCGAGAUUUUCGAAACGGAAAUCGUAAAGGAAGAAGAUGACCUCUUGUCUAUCAGCGAGAAGGAGACUCCGCGUACCUUGAAAGAGUUUUUGAUCGAAAAUGAGGUUCCCCGCAAACUUUUUCAUUCUUUCCACGGAUUUCUCACGCUAUACUUGUACUGCAAAGGUUUUUCGAAGGAGCAAAUCGUGGCCCCUUUGUGGACCUUGUUUGUGAUUUUCUUUGCCAGCGAUGUGAUCCGCUUCAACUGUUCCAAGAUCAACCAGAUCAUUGUGAACGGAUCUAGAUUCAUCAUGCGUGAGAAGGAAUCUACUCUGUGGAACGGUAUCGUGUUCUACUUGGCAGGGUUAGCCCUCGUUUUCACUUUCGCUCCCAAGGACAUUUCCGUUAUGAGCGUUUUGCUUUUGAGCUGGGCUGACACUGCUGCUUCGACUUUUGGACGUCAGUUUGGAAAAUACACUCCAAAGAUUGCCGAUGGAAAGUCUUUGGCCGGAUCCAUGGCCAGCGCACUUAUGGGAAUAGCUGCUUGUUAUCUUUUCUACGGCUACUUUGUGCCAUAUUUCCCUGUCAAUGGUCCUGGAGAGAUCAUGUGGACUCCAGAAACCAGCACCAUGAACUUGCACACAUAUGCUUUGGUUUGCGGACUCGCCGCCUCCAUUUCCGAAGCCAUUAACAUCCCGGGGCUUGAUGACAACUUCACCAUUCCUGUGUUGGGUUCGUCUAUGAUUUACGGUGUAGUGUGGCUUUUCCAAAAGUACUGA